GGCUGUUGAGUUUCUGUAUUCUUCUAUUUCCCUUCUUCUAAGACAUGUUUCAGUUGUAUUCAGCUUUGUCAUAAUUGCUUCGAUAUCUGACUGCUAUCUGACCGCUAUAUCUUCAAGUUGCAUACCGCAACAUCAACCCAAGUAACAAUGCUGGAAUAUCAAUCUCGAAGUCAUGAUUCUAUAUCUCUGGAUGAUACAAUCGCUAGCAAACAGUCGCCUCGGGUUUGGCAGCGCACCCAGAAGAACGUGUUGAAACGCAUUUGCUCGUAUGCACCAUCAAUUGCUUCCACGAGCAGCAUAAUAUCGACGUCCUCAAGUGACUCGUCUCGGCCUUCCUCGGGAGCCUCCUCCGCGACGACGAUAUCAUGGAGCGCAAGGUUCGAUACCGUUCCGAAGCUCGUGCAGACACCAUGGGAACUCGAGCGCCCCAAGAGAUGGUCAGUGAGACCGGCGGGCAGCUAUCCAACAUUACCGGAGCGUGUGUUCCGAAAUAUGCCGGAUAGAGUGUAUACUUGCAUUACAGAGCAACUGGAAAAGAUUCAUACUGCGCCUGGGUCAGAGAGCUGUGCAGGAUGCUACCAGAAAGAUCUCCUGAGCCUGUCCCGGACGAGUCGCAGAUGGGCACGGAUUGCACAAUAUCAACUAUAUCGAACCUUGCGUAUAUUCGUUGAUCCGGAGGAUCAUGGGUACAGAAAGUCGAAGUCGAACACACUUUCGGGUAUCAAACUUUUGCGUCGCACAUUACAGGAACGCCCAGAUCUGGCGAAAAGAGUGUUGGAAAUUCGGGGAGAGCAUAUUCAAAACUUGAUGCUACGUUCAGGGACGAAAGAGCAGGAGAGAUUGAUGAACGAGCUUGCAUUAAUUGUGAUGGCAUGUCCAUACCUGGAGAAAUUACGGGGUCUCCAUUUGACCCAUACUGGGGGGGUUGACCAUAUCACUUCUUCGCUAUCGACGAGGAGACGUUUGAAAGAGAAAGUUUGGAUUAUGAACAUCGAAGAUCACUCCGAUUUGGAUGACGAGGAUCCCCAGCCCACCCCCACCGAUACAGUCGACCGACUCUCCCCUUCAACCGAUAUCUUCAUGAAUCACCACAUCAAUUGGACGUCCCUCACCACCCUCUUCCUCAUCGGAAAUCCCACCACAACCAUGACCUACCGCUCCAUCGUCGGAACCUUCCGCUCUCUCCCCUCCCUGCAACACCUCCUCCUAGCCCAUCUCCCCGCCCCCUCCUUCACCGACCGCACCCUUCAAGCGCUCCCCCCACUCCGAUCCCUCCGCCUCCAAUCCCUCCCCGGCAUCACCGAUAAAGGACUCCUCCGCCUCAUCUCUUCCCCGUCCCUCCUCCCCCUCCGCCGCCUCUCCCUCAUCGACCUCAACAUCGCCUCCCUCUCCCUAAUCUCCCACAUCCUCCGCACCCUCACCCUCACCUACUUCACCCUCAUCCAAGACCGCUCCCCCUCCCUCCCCCACGGGACCACCCUCCUCACCCCCCUCUUCUCCUCCUCCUCCCUCUUCUCCCUCCACUGGGAUAUCCUAACCCCUUCCCCCGCCCUCCAUGCCCUUGCCUCCGCCAUCGCCUCCCCCACCACCUUCCCCUCACUCCGCUCCCUCUGCGCCCCCUGCGACUACCAGGGCACCCUCCAAGCCGCCUGCAAACCGCGCGCCGACAUCCCCGACGCCUCCUCACCCUGCAACGAUCGCUCGAGCAUCUUCAUCGAGGACGCCGAUAUGCACUGCGUACGGGACCCGAUCGCAGCGCGGAAGGCGGCGCAGUCGCGCAUCGAGCAGGCGAGAAAACGGCCGGGGUUCCGCGUCGUGGUGCUGGAUACGGAGCGGGGGGUGGUGGAGAAGGUGUAUACGUUCCGGGAUUACAUGGGGACAGUGGGGAGCCGGGUGGAGUAUGUGUUGGAUGGGGAGGGCGCAGGAGGGGAUGAUGGGGGGGUGGUAGGGUUGGAGGAGCUGGUGGGAGGGGGACGGGAGGUGUUGAUGGGGAUGUGUACGGGUGGGUGGAAUUUGAGGGGUGGGGGGCAUGGGGUGGGUCGGAGGGGUGGAGAUAGGGGGAGGGAGUUGAGGGAGUUUUUUUAG